AUCCUCUCGUUCCUCCUUCCAGUUCAUCAUGACGAUUCACCAUAUAGUCUUAUACAAGUUCAAGCCUGAAGCGACCCCUGAACAACGUCAGAGCGUGAAGGAUUCUGUCAGUACCCUUCCGUCCCAGAUACCCGCGAUACAGGGCCUCGUCACUGGCGAAUCAGUCUUCAACCCUCUUGGACAUGGCUAUGAUGAUGGGGUUAUUUUUCUAUUUGAGAGCGUAGCCAAGUUGAACGAGUAUCGACCACACAAGGCACAUAUCGAUUACCAGGCGUUGACGGCGCCUUAUAUUGAGGACAAACUCAUUUUUGAUAUUGAGACAGCUUAGAGGGGCAAACUACGUAGCUGUUCUACUUACAUGUAGAUGGUUAAAUCCACUGCAAAUAUCAAUUAUCAUGCGCAUCUGCUCAGAGCUGA